ACUACGCGUGUUUUUUCCCUACUUUCCGCAAAACCAGGCUACUCACUGCUGCCUUCGCUGUUGGAGCAAUAGCACCUCUGAAACUUUCCCUGUAACAGUAGCCCUGUGUAACUCUUAGGGCUCUCUCCUGGAAUUUAUGCAGUUUUCAGCUACAUCCCGUGUAUUUCAUGCAUUACCUAUUUCUUGCUCCCACCCGAGACCCCAAGCAAGGUCUCCUGCUUUCCGCGGCUGGACCCACGAUGCAAGCCUUGGGUUCAAGCAGCAGGAUUUGAAGCUGGGGGGAGGGAAGGAAGAAGUCCUGGGCGCUGUGAUUUUUUUUUUUUUUUUUGGUGGAGGUGGGGGAGAUAAUUGGGUUUAAUUUAUUUUUAAAGGAGGGACUGGGGAUUGAACCCAGGACCUCAUGCUUGUAAGCAUGAGCUCUACCACUUGAACUAUACCCUCCCCUAUGGGUGCUGUGAUUUUGCCUUUGUUUUUAUUGCUCCCCUCUUGAGAAGGUCUGGAGAAAGAGGGUGGAGAAGAGGGUCCUGGGAAGGCGAGGCAGGGUGGAGGUUGGCAGGCACACAGCAGCCACUUACUCCUGCCCAGAAGUGGGCAGCCUUCACGAUCUAGGAAUGCUUCUAGCCCAGAGCUCUGACUGUGACUGUAUUGGUGACAUUGUGGCUGGAUCUGGAGUGGGGGAGGUCAGGAGACCUGGGUUCCCCUCCUCCCCUGCAGGCUCUCAGCCUUUGUCUGACUUCUCGGCGCCUCGGUUAGCAGCCUCGCCUGUAGGAACACUGCGAAAGACGGAGGCAUGUGCCAGACACUGUUCUAAGCACCUUUACACACCUUUCACCUCAAAACAACCUGGCAGGGUACUGUUAACCCAGUUUAUAGAUGAGGCGAGGAGAGUUUUCAGACGCUGCCCCUGGUGUCCGAGCCUGCAGCAGCCCAAAGGCAGGGUCCGGCGGGCGGUGAUGGAGAGCCCGGCGGCUUAGACCAGAGAGCUGUGUCUUGUGGCCUCGCUCAGCCUGUCUUCGUAUCGAGGCAACAAGGGUUCUCUGACCUAGCGCACGAGGAAAUGGGUUGCUCCGUAAAGAAAUCUGCAUGAUGGUCAGUGAUCUGGUGUCAUAUAAGUACUGAUGUUUAAAAAAAAUUUUUUUUAAUGGAGGUACUGGGGUUUGAAGCCAGGACCUCACGCAAGCUAAGCACGUGCUCUACCACUGAGCUAUACCCUCCCCCCAAGUACUGGUGGUUUUUGAGUGUGUGUGGGGUGGGGAGUGGAGAAGGGAGGGGGUUGGUAACAGCGGGUUCACAGUGACCCCUGCCCCGGCUCUCUGAGCAUCUUUGCACGCAGUUAUAAAAGGCCAACCAGGUUAGUGCUCAGUGCCUGCCCGAAGCGUCCAGUAAUGAGAAGGCGUAGCAGGCGCCCUGCUCUCUGGGGAUUAAUUAGUAAUCAAAACACAGGGAGGGAAAAUGAAGCAGGAGUGGAACGCCUUCCGUCGGAGGGAGAAAAUAUUUGCGCUGAGUGUGAUCAGAGGACGACCCUGAACACUUGCUCUCGGCUGUUAAACCCCCGCUCCUGAGCCCGGGGAACAGUUCUGUACAGGUCUCCCAGUGGGCUUUUUUCCUGCUUUUCAGAGCCCUAGUAUUUUCACUGUGCUGUUCAGCUUGUUGCCGGCCUUUAGACAUUUAAAAGGUUUUCCACGAGUAUUCAUCGUUAGGCAGGGAACCCGGCGUGAGCGCUAAGUGGAAAUUGUGCAGAUAAGCUUUCAGCUUUAGGGGACGGGUUACGUCUUGUUCUUGGGAUCCUCCUGUGCUCCAACUGGGUGAGUCAGAGUCUCCAGAGCAAAGCACCAAGGAGUUGUGUGCAGCUGUGUGUACACACACACACACACACACACACACACACAUAUUUUGCGUAUGCACAGAGAGAGAGAGCAGUGGGGAGUGGGCCUUGUGCGGUCAGUCUUUUCUCCUCGGGCCUUGGACUGAGCGCACGUGGCCCACCCACACAGGGAGGAGUUCUCUCCUUUACCUAAAGUCUACCGAUUUGAAUGUUCAUCAGGAAAGUGCCUUCUGGGUCACGUGCCAGACUAAACUGACACCUGAACUAGCCCAGCCCGCCUGCGUGAGCCUGCCGGCCUCAGACCCUGAGCGCCGUGCAUUUUGGACGGCCGGUUCCAGGAAGCGCUCGUAAGCACAGGAGUCACUUGGGCCAGGAUAGCGGCGUCUUUCUCCGUUCACAGCCUUCCUGCAUCUUCUUUCCAAAGUGUUCAGUCGGCCGUGGUAUCUGCUCUUGUAUCUGGACACACGGUCAAUCAGUUUCUGGUGCAGAGAGCCACCUGAAACACUGAUAGAGUGUCCGAGUGUCCCCAGGCCUCCCCUCUGGACCCUGAUGACUUCAGGUCCCCGGGCUUCUGCCCACACCUCCUUGCUCCAGCCGGGGACUCUCGGGGCACCCCCAGGGCAGCCUGCAGGGCUCCGUGCUGGGUGCCACUGAGGGGGCCCGGGGGCUCUGCCAAGGCCAGUUCAGCUCCAUGGCCAUGGCCCCUCCCUCCGGGGGCUCAGAUCAAGGUGGGCAUGGAGGCUGGCCUUGGUUUACGUCUGUCCUCUCCCACCUGUCCCUUCAGGGGACUUGUCCCCAAGAAAUCGCACCUUCUUUAUUACACUCACCAAGCUUCAGCUUUGGGGGUCCCAAGUUGUUUCCGUGGGAGCCACUCUCAGCGCCCCCAUCGCUGGAAUCUGUGGGAGAUGGUUUCCCCCGGCACGAGGCUGUCCAGGCCAGUCCUUCCCCGCUGCCACCCCCCACCUCUGCUCAGCAGCUCCGCGCAGCCCCGGUCCCCUGUCCUCGGACUUCCCAGGCUGUCCCACUUUGGCCUCAAGCACAGGGAAAGUGGAGGGCUUGUGUGGGGAGGGCUUGGCAUCGGAGGGGCGGGCCUGCCUGAACGCUUGCCCCCCGGCUGGGACCAGGGCCUAUGGGGGCUUCAAAUAAGGCUUUUCAGCACAUGAGCCCCGCCCCCCUACCCUUGCCAAGUGGGUAAACGUGCUCCGUAAGGCUGUGGCUUCUGAGACGGAGUUCAGAGCUCAGGGUUUUUAAUGUCCUGAGUUGAUCAAAUCUUGGCCAACAUUUGGUCACACAUUCCAGACUUGCCUGUGGUGUUCUGAGUGACUCAGGGCCUCUCAGGACCGUGUAUGCCCUGACGGGUCCAGAAAUGCAGUCCAGUCCCAAACCCAAGUGGUACUGAGAGAAAGAGAGCGAGAGCGAGAGCCCACACGGGACUUGGCCACGUCACUGGGAAAGGCUCUGCUGUCACUGCCUCGGGGCAGAGGGGCAGCCUGGAGCGGAGAAGCCAGCAGGCCUCCCAGAAGGUGGCUCUCCCCUGCCGGGGGCCGUGGCCGCCUGUCUGCCUGCAGGUGGCCUUUAGGGACUGAAUUACACGACCCGACCGGCAGGGUGAUGCCUCAUCACAGGUGUUCACGAGAGGGACGUUUCUCCUGGGUGGGUGUCCGGGGCUGGUGUCCAGGGCUGUUGUCCCCGAUGCUGGUGUCCUGGGCUGUUGUCCCCGAAGCUAGUGUCUGGGGCUGGUGCCCUGGGCUGGUAUCAGGGCUGGUGUCCUGGGCUGUUGUCCCUGAUGCUGGUGCCCUGGACUGGUGCCCGGGGCUGGUGUCCAGGGCUGGAGUACCAUGCUCGUGUCCUGUGGAGGGUGAGACUCCCUCCCUGGCAUAGCUGUCUUCUGGGCAGUGGACCAAGCCAGCCUGGACUCCAUGUGUGACACUGCGACCCUGGCCUCCCCCCGCCCCAGACUGGUACUACCACCUUCCUGUGAAGCGGUCUGAGAAGGCCGUGGACGCCCCGCCGGUGUCCCAGAUCCCAGGUCUCAGCGGUCUGCGGGAGGCCCCCAACGGGCACACGCCGGGGACACGGAGGUACUGGAUCAAGGAGACAGACUCGGAGUAUGUGAAGCUGGCCAAGCAGGGUGGCCGGCCCGGUAAGCGGGGUGUGUGUGUGUGUGUGUGUGUGUGUGUGUGUGUGUGUGUGUGUGAGAGACACACAGUCCUUCUGGCCAUCGUGUCUUCCCCGUAAAACUAUGACUGCAAAAUCUGUGAGCUGUGCCCAAGGCUGUUGGACGUUCAGGGUAGUGGAUGCACUCCGGGCGGUGCCACGUUCAUGAGAAAGACCAUUUCUGGCGCACAGCGUCAUGUCUCAGUCAUACAUACAAACACAUAUAUUCCUUUUCAUGUUCUUUUCCAUUAAAGGUUAUUACAAGGUAUUGACUGCAGUGCCCUGUGCUGUGCAGUAGGACUGCGUUGUGUGUCUCUUUGGGGUGUAGCAGAUGUCAGCCUGGGGCAAGCACCCCGCUAGGGAUGGGUGGAUGCUGCGCACAGGUGCCGGCUCAGCACCAGGUCAGGGAGGGGAGUGCGAGGGGCACGAAGGCUGUUCCCCCCAGCCCAUCUCAGCAGGUGCACAGGCAGGUGAGGACCAGGGACGCCCUGGAGCCCAGGGGACCCCGAGGAGCACUCCCAGUGAGCUUGUUGACUAUCUGUUGAAGCACUUCGCCCCCGGGACCAGGAAAGGCUCCCCGGCUGCCUACUCCUUGCCAGACUGGUAUGUCCACCACAGCAAGCCCCCGACGGCCGAGCAGAGACCAAUCCCGGCUGUGUCCCUGCCUGACUACAUGGUGUACCAGGAGUUCAGCCCCGACCGGGCCGACGGCAGCUACGAGUGCAGAAGGGGGCCGUUCGACUUUGACGUGAAGACGGUUUGGCAGAGGGAGGCCGAGGAACUGGAAAAGGAGAAGAAAAAGGUGAGGCUGCCAGCCAUUAACUCCAAGUACCCUGGCAGAGUGGGGACCCCGCUGGGCCCCAAGGACCCUGCAGGAAGCAGACUCUCCCUCCCGCCCAUGCCUGGUCAAAAAACCAGUUCACCCACAGACUUUUCCAAACUUAUUAGCAACGGAUACAAGGAUGAGUGGUUACAGCAGCGACCGGACACAGACAAGAGGGCCCCGCAGACGUCCGGAGCAGCCGUGCCAUCGCCGUCCUCGGGGGACCCUGAGGGGCGCCAGGAUGCCACGCCGCGCCCAGGCCCGGAGGCCCCCCCAGAGCCUUCUCCUCCAAGUCCGUCUGCAUCAACUCCAGCAGAGCUCGAAUAAGCCUCGAUCCGGUACGCGUUUAGGAUCGCUUCCUCACGUGAUCUACGUAACAGCUCUGUUUCUGAGGCCCCUGCUACAUGUGAUUAACAUAGAUGCUUGUGGACUAGUUCACCUGAGGGCAGACUUGCCGCCACCGGUGCGUAGGCGUGCAGGUGUCGGGGUCUGUUCCUUGCAUUUCUCUGGGACGUCGCACAGGUGGCCCUGCUGAUGCUCCGCCUUGCUGGCCGGGGGUGUCCCCGUGUCUGGGGACAGCCACUCCCCUCAGACUGUGCGGACCCCCACUGGCACUAUCUCUGUAGAAAUGGAUUGUUUAGACUCCCUCCAGAAGCUUGAAGCCUUUCUCAUACUCGGUCUGUCAUCUUUAUAGAAAUAAUUUUUCUGUUACAAAAAAAUAUUUAAUUCCAGGAUAUUGUGAUACAGUUUAUAACUAAGAAAAAGAUACACUUACUAUGCCUUGAAGUUUUAAACAUUCACUAUAAAAACAUUGUAGCAUUUGGUACUUUUCACUGUUUGCUAAUAUUUUUUGGCAUAAACUGAGAUCCAUAAUAUUAAACAUUCAUUAUUUUGUAUCCUUUAGGGAAAAACGUCUGAUUUUCAUAUUUCAUUUAGCAGUCUUAAAAACGUUUUCAUCAUCAGACUGAAUUCUUGCAUUUUAUAAAUUCUGUUACCGUUUGUAUGCACUCAGCGUAAAAGCGUAGUUUUGUGUUUUGUACGUUCAACACGUUAAUAAAAGAAUACUUUUCUGCUAGAGGAUUUUCAGAGUCAGAUAAAGGCAGAGAGCUUUCCAUUUCUUUCCCAGAAGAAGCUUAUUGUGCGCUGCUUACCUAAAACGUACACGUUUUCAGUGCGAUGCUUGGUUGAGCACAGGUGUGCGGAUCCUCUGGCCAGACUGGUGCUCCCGCGGGAGGAGGCUGCGGCCUGGAAGAGCGUGUGAACACGGGGGGCUGUGGGUGUUGAAUGGAGACAGCGGGGCAUCAGAGCAGGCGCUGGUUUUUCUCUUUUCUCCCUCCGCCCCCACCC